AUGUCCCUAACACCUGUAAUAAAUACUUCUACUGGCAACGAUAAUACUACAUUAGACACUUACACUGUUAUUUCUGUAGUUAUUCAUUUAGGUUCCUAUUGUGUAAUUGCAGGAUUUAGUAAUCAGGAGUUGCCUCAAUGUAUAAUCCCAACCAACUACACCGUUACUACCGAGGGUGAAUUGUGUUUUGGUUUAUAUGAAUUAUUAUCAACAGCAAAUACGGAUAAACUUAAUACUAAUAAACAAAUCUUUAAUAUUAUAAGUGAUAAUUCUAAUGGUGAUGAUGAUUAUAAAUACAAUUGGAAAGCCCUAAUUAAAUUGUUGGAAUAUAUUUAUAGUAAACACUUGAAAAUAGACCCUCAAGAAAUCCCAUUAAUAUUAACUAUACCACCACAUUUACCGCCUUUAAUAAAACAGAAAUUAUAUACUACCGUUUUAUUAGAACUCAAAGUCCCUUGUGUUCAACUAAUUGCUGAACCUUUGGGUGUUUCCUUAAGUUUAGGUAGAAGUAGUUCAUUGGUUAUCGACAUUGGAGCUAAAAAUGUAAUAGCUACUUCCAUUAUAGAUGGUUCUAUUACUAAUAUUUGUAAGAGUAAGAUAGCAGGCAAUUUCUUAGAUUACCAAAUAUCUAAAAUGGUAAAAGAAAAGCUUCUACAGGGCACUGAUGGUAUUAUUAAUGAUGAAAGUAGUUUUGAUCUUUGGAAAAAUUCCUGGACAUGGAUUAAAGAUUUUAAAAUGAUGAUGUUAAAUAUCCAACCGUUCCCAUUGGAGAAGGCAACCGCUGAUAAUGUCAAUGAUACUAGUGGCCCAAAAAAUAAUGAUCUCGUUACUACUACUACUACUACUACUACUAAUAACAACAACAAUACAGAGGAUAACGACGUCGAUAUGGUUAAUGCUGACGAGACAGCAAAGGAAGAUGUCAUUAACACUAAUUAUAAUAAUUUUCUAUAUAGAAAUAAAGUUACGCUGAAAUUUACAGAUUUGGAACUUAAUCAACUAAGUGAAUUAUUAUUUAAUCCUAAAAUUACCAAUGACCCUAUUUUUGACACUAUUACAGGCAAAUACCCUUCUUCAACACCAGGUGCGGUCGAAAAAGAAAAUAUUGAAAGAGAUACAGUUAAUAAUACUAACUUUAGUAAAGUUAAUAAUGUGGUUACUACUAAUAUUCCCAGUACUGCUAAUAAUUUGUUACAAUAUACUGGUCUUAUUUCAGUCAUACAAACCGCUAUUAAGAACACACUUAGCAAUAUUAACAAUGAAGAAGAACAGGGUUCUACCACUGCCAAUAUCACCGGUGCAAAUAUUACUACUACUAAUACCACUUCUGCCGCUAUAAAUAAGGCCUCUGGAAUUAAGCCUGAACAGGUUAUUAGUUCCUUAUUGAGUAACAUAUUGAUUAUCGGUGGAAGUUCCUUAAUACCAGGCUUAGAACAAAGAAUUAUUAAUGAAAUAAGUCUUAUUUAUCCUCAAUAUAAAUUGAGCACUUUUGCAAACCCAAUUACCAUAGAUAGACAACUUCAAAGUUGGAUAGGUGGGUGUGUAAUGGGUAAUUUGCCACAAAUAUGGGAAUUAGGGGAUUGGCACUAUCCAAUGAAUGAAAAUAGUAUAUGA